AUGCAAAUGUUCGCUAUGAGGACUACGAUUGGAUAUUUGUUUCUGGGUUCCCUCAGCUGGGCCGUUUUUGCGGUGCCGAUUAUUCCGGACAAUAACUUUUGGCUUUAUCAAGGUGACAUGGCUGUGGGCUACAAACGAAAUGGAUUACUAUCGCCAGAUGAGCACUGGCCUAAUGGCGAAGUCUACUAUACGAUCGAUGAGAAGUUCAAACCUGAACAUGUUGCCCACAUAAAACUGGCCAUGCAAAUUAUUCAAAGCGUGUCCUGCAUACAAUUUCUGCCUGCAGUUGAAGAUACCAAAAAUUUCGUAGAGAUUAAAGUUUCCCUAUCCGGCUGUUGGUCUAAUGUUGGUUUCCUCGGUGGCAAGCAGACGUUGUCGUUGCCAGACCAAGGCGUGGAUGAGGGUUGUUUUAGACUGGGCACCAUACAGCACGAACUACUCCAUACUCUGGGAUUUCUUCACCAACAAAGCUCGCCGGAUCGCGAUGAUUACGUGCAAAUCGCUUGGGAAAACAUCCAACCGGAUAAUAUAUCAAAUUUUCAAAAGUAUAAUUCGUCCAGGGUGGGUAACUUUGGUGCUACGUAUGACUAUGGCAGCAUUAUGCACUACUCCGUAUCUGCCUUCAAAAAGUCUGCCGGCUUGGACACGAUUAAGCCUCUACAAUCAUUGAAUGGUAGACGAAUGGGACAAAGAAAUCGUAUGAGCGACGCCGACAUAACCCGCCUCAAUAAUAUGUACAAGUGCAAUAAUCAAACAGAAAUGCCCAAUGUAACUGCAAAGGCUAUUGAAGAAAAAACUGAUCCACCUAUGGAAACAACACAAUCUUAAAAAUCAAUAAAUACGUGAAUAUAAAAUCCUAGGUGGAAAUUGGGGUCAAAGAUAGGUUCGAACUCAGAUUCAAAUCUACGGAUCUUUCACAAAAUAUCAAAAUAUCCUCGACCCCUAAAUUUGGUAUAUAAAUCUGGCAACAAUAUUUUUGUUCAGGAUUCAUAUGAAUAUGGUUCGCUCAAAUAUCCCAAAUAGACAUACGUGAAAUUUCCCAAGCCAUAGAGUUCUGAGAUCACCGCGUUCAUACUGGGAACUAAAUCUGAGAACAGAUUAAAAAUUUAAUAAAAAAAAUCAAUUUAAAAUAUUACAAACUAUAA